CCCAGAGGACCACAGUGGCCAGAGCUGGGCCAGGCCUAAGCCAAGAAGUUUGUCUGGGUCUCCCACAUGGGUGGCAGGGCCCACACCCUUGGGCCUUCUUCCGCUCCUUCCCAGUGCAUCUGUAGGGAGCUGGAUGGGAGUGGAGCAGCCGGGACACAAGCCAACACCCCUGUGGAAUGCAGUGUCCCAGGCGGGGACUUUACCUGUGAUGCCACACCGCCGGCCCCAUCUGAGAACCAUUGUUUAAAGGCAAAACUGGAAUUACAUUGUAGUUGCAGUGGGAUGCCAGCCCACCACCUCCCUAAGGAAAGAAAACAUAAAAAUCCCUGAUUCGUAGCAUUUGUCAAUUCCUGCAGCCUAAGUAUCCCCACUGUGCUAAUUUCAGGAAUUCACAGCACUGACGCAGAGCUGGGCAGAGAAACACAGAAAUGUUUCUCACCAGCUCGUGUGCGCCAGUCCUAGCAAACCCUGCUGUCUUUUUAAUGAUGUCUUUUUUCCUGAUCUUGAUGUUAAAAUGUUGAGAAUUCCCAUAACACAAAGGGAAAAAUUUAAAUCACCACCCUCCCCUCUGCUUAGCCGGAUCCUACUGCGUAGCCUAACAGUCCUGUGUCUGGGGACAGAAGUACACAGAUAGCUCUCUGCAGAGUUCCAGAGCCGUGCGCAUUGACGGCCGAGAAUUUGGAAGCCACAGAGAAGUCUCAGGCGCCUCAUCAUUCCCAGAUAACGUCGGAGCACGCUCCAUUUUCCUGCGUGCGUCUUUCUGACACGAUUGGGCCUGUGGUUCGAAUAUUUCUGAUUUUCAGUCAUAGCACAAGCAUAUUCCAUGCUCUGGAGAAGGUGACAACCCCGGGGAGAACAUUACCACUGGUAACUUACCAACUACGCUGCCGGGGCAUCAACAGGUGCAGCAUAGGAGUCCUGCUCCCUGGCAGCGCAGGCCCGGCCUAGAUGAAGCUCAGGUGGUCUGAAGUCUCGGUUGACCCUGGUCUGGGGCCCUGGGAUAUCUGUGGGUCUCUUUUCCACCUGCUUUCCCCUCCAGGUCUGCACUGGAAAAUGAGCAGGGAGAGACACUGAGCUUGGGCUUAAGCCUGGAAACCAGUUCAUUGCUUUGUGCGAACAGCCAGCAUUCUCUGAGCACCCACCACCUCGUGGCAGGUCCCACCCCUGUGGACCCAUGGCUGGUUUUUCCAGUUUGCUCCCUAAGCACAAUUUACAUAUUUCUCUGAAGAACCAUCCAGAAGCUAAACACACCGUCUUUGGACAUAGACGCAGGAGAGGCCCACGGCUGUGUCUCAAAACUCGGGGCUGGGGAUGGCCACAGGGGACAGGCGAAGCCCGAGGCUGCCCCAGGUCACCGAGCCAGCCGCACAGGGGGAGCCCCACGUGCCCACGGGCCGGGAGCUGACCGAGGCCAACCGCUUCGCCUAUGCCGCGCUCUGUGGCAUCUCCCUGUCUCAGCUCUUUCCAGAACCCGAGCAAAGCUCCUUCUGCACGGAGUUCGUAGCCAGCCUGGUGAAGUGGCUGGAGUUGUCCGAAGCCGUCCUGCCCACCAUGACUGCCUUUGCCAGCGGCCUGGGAGGCGAAGGGGCAGACAUGUUUGCCCAGACCUUGUCGAAGGACCCCGUCCUGAAGGGCGACCCGUCUCUGAUCACCCAGGACCUCCUGAGCUUCUUCCUCCGGGAUGGGUGCUAUGAUGCCCGGGCCAGAGUCCUCGUCUGUCACCUGAGCUCCCUGCUGCAGGUGCCCUUGCAGGAGCUGGAGCUCCUUGAAGACACGUUCCUGGAGAGCCUGAAGGACACCGGAGAGGAGGAGUCUGAGACAGCCGAGGCGUCCCGGAAGAAGAAGGAGAACCGGAGGAAGUGGAAGCGCUAUCUCCUGAUAGGCCUGGCGACCGUCGGUGGCGGGACGGUGAUCGGUGUGACCGGAGGUCUGGCCGCCCCACUUGUUGCUGCCGGAGCUGCGACGAUCAUCGGCAGUGCCGGGGCUGCGGCGCUGGGCUCGGCGGCUGGCAUAGCCAUCAUGACCUCGCUUUUCGGUGCAGCUGGAGCCGGCCUGACAGGAUACAAGAUGAAGAAGCGUGUCGGGGCCAUCGAGGAGUUCACGUUCCUGCCCCUGACAGAGGGCAGGCAGCUGCACAUCACCAUCGCCAUCACCGGGUGGCUCGCGUCCGGCAAAUACCGCACCUUCAGUGCCCCGUGGGCUGCCCUGGCCCACAGCCGCGAGCAGUACUGCCUGGCCUGGGAGGCCAAGUACCUGAUGGAGCUUGGCAACGCCCUGGAGACCAUCCUCAGUGGCCUCGCCAACGUGGUGGCCCAGGAGGCCCUCAAGUACACCGUGCUGUCUGGCAUCGUGGCCGCCCUGACCUGGCCAGCCUCACUCCUCAGUGUGGCCAACGUCAUUGACAACCCCUGGGGGGUGUGUCUGCAUCGGUCAGCGGAAGUUGGCAAGCACCUGGCUCACAUCCUGCUCUCCCGACAGCAGGGCCGACGACCUGUCACCUUGAUUGGCUUCAGCCUGGGAGCCAGGGUCAUCUACUUCUGUCUGCAAGAGAUGGCGCAGGAGAAAGAUUGCCAGGGCAUCGUCGAGGACGUGGUCCUGCUGGGGGCACCGGUGGAGGGAGAGGCUCGGCACUGGGAGCCUUUCCGGAAGGUGGUGUCGGGGAGGAUCGUCAAUGGCUACUGCAGGGGGGACUGGCUGCUGAGCUUCGUGUACCGCACAUCCUCCGUGCAGCUGCGCGUCGCCGGCCUGCAGCCCGUGCAGCUGCAGGACAGGCGGAUGGAGAACGUGGACCUGACCUCGAUGGUCAGCGGCCACCUGGACUACGCCAAGCAGAUGGACGACAUCCUGAAGGCCGUGGGCGUGCGCACCAGGCCGGGCUGGGGCGAGAAGGGGCUCUUGCUGGCCCCCGGCAGCCUGCCCUCCGCUGCUGCCGCCUCGGCCAGCAGGACCAGCCACCAGGAUGGAAAAUCACAGGGUCCUGAAGCUGGAGACACUCCGAGCGACCCCAGCCAAGCACCAGCGCCAGAGGGCCUGCACCAGUCUGACGGGGACUCCCUGCCCGCUGCCGCCAGCCCCUGUAUCUGCAGCCACGGUGUGGAAAGCAACCCACUGGGCUGUCCCGACUGCACCCAGGAGACCCAGGGGCCCUGCCCAGGGCUGCACUGACCCCGGCGCACCUGAGCCGCCCCUGCGGAUUGCUAUAGCAGCUGUUUGUUAACCACUUGUUCCCAUCCCCCCCGCCCCACCGGGAGCUGUGACGGUGCAGAUUCCUGUACGUACCUUCCCUAGGUUGAAGGAAGGAACUGGAAUUGGGGGGACGGGAGCUUUGGGAGCCAACAUUCCCUCCCGGGGGCAGCAAGGCCUGGGAGCUGCACGGUGAGCCCAGCGCAGUGCAGAGCUCCGGGCCUCCAACCCUGCCUGAGGCUCCCUGUCCAACAGGUCCCAUCGGGCAGGCCUGAGGACCAUCUGGGAGACGCCCACACAGCCUGUCCCUGGCCUCGGGGAGCCAGCUGUCUGUGUAUCCCACUCCCACUCCCUCCAGGGCUGCCACCAGCCCGGGGCCUGCUGAUGGCACCUGCAGAGCAGGCGCAGAUGCAAAAGGGACAGCUUCCCCUCUCUGCUCUUAGAAGAUCCGAUCUGAUCUGCCACGCACAGCGCGUAGGCUGUGCGCUGCACAACUACACGGACAGCAGUCACACAGAUGCGAAUGGUACCCUCCGAAGUUGUACAACACGGUGGCCCCAGCUAUCAAUGGAACAGAAAUGCUGGGUCAGCAUUCAGUGUGGCUGGGACCUGGGCCCAGGGUCAACAAUGGGUUACACGGGAGACAGGGACAAGGAUGAUAACCACAGUGGGUCACAAUAAAGCUGCCACUCGUGUAUCUACCGGGG